AUGGCUUCCGACACCCCGCACCGAGAGAAAAUGGAUGUUUCUGGGCUUGAGAGUGGACAUCACGAGCAUGCGACGAGGAGGGACAAGACCAGUCGCAUUGAUACCAUUACGAAUGAUCAAGCCACCACACUGGAAUCCUUUGCUCGUUUGGAUGAGAAGAAAAUUUUAAGAAAGGUGCUGAUAAACGCCCUCCAGAUGGACAUUCGACUUAUUCCCAUGCUAGCGUUACUCUAUCUCUUGUCUUUUCUUGACCGGGGAAAUAUUGGCAACGCUAAGAUUGAAGGGCUACAAGAAGAUCUUGGAAUGACAUCUGAUCAGUACAACUGGUGUCUCACAGUAUUUUUCUUCACGUACGCCGCCUUUGAGGUGCCGAGCAAUCUGCUCCUCAAAAAGCUUCGCCCAAGCAUCUGGCUUCCUACGAUCAUGGUUGCGUGGGGCACAGUGAUGACCCUCAUGGGAAUCGUGAGAAAUUACGAGGGUCUUUUGAUUGCUCGUAUUUUUCUUGGCGUCACAGAGGCUGGGUUGUUUCCGGGGGUUGCUUACUAUUUGACCAUGUGGUAUUGUCGACAUGAGAUUCAACUGCGUCAGGCAAUGUUCUUUUCCGCAGCCUCAAUUGCUGGAGCUUUCAGUGGCCUCUUGGCGUUUGCAAUUUCCAAGAUGGACGGCACAGGUGGAUUGGAGGGGUGGCGUUGGAUCUUUAUCCUAGAAGGCAUUGUCACAGUCCUUGUGGCGGUUUGGGCGUUUUUUGCCCUGCACGACUUCCCCGAGACAGCCAAAUUCUUAACAGAAGAGGAGAGGGCAUUUGUUGUUUAUCGGCUCAAAUACCAAGGGCAAGUUCAGGGCAAAUACGAGAGUCAUGUUCGCGUCCCGGAAGCUGAAGAGUUUAAGUGGAAAUACGUCUGGGAUGCCUUCACAGACUGGCAGAUCUGGAUCAACAUAUUUGUUUACUGGGGUAUUGUUUGCCCGUUAUAUGGCAUCAGCCUAUUUCUACCCACGAUUAUACGAAACCUCAAUUACACUUCAAGCACAGCUCAACUUAUGACAGUACCCAUCUACAUCACUGCUGCGGUACUUGCAGUUAUAGUUGCUUACCUCUCUGAUCGUCUGGGCAAACGGAGCCCCUUCAUUGUUGGAUUUCUGUGCAUGAUGAUUGUUGGGUUUUCAAUGUGUAUAUCAAGUUCUAACCCCAAAGUUGUGUACGGUGGAGUCUUUGUUGCUGCCUGCGCGAUCUAUCCUGCCUUCCCUGGAGUGAUUAGCUGGCUUGCAAACAACCUCUCUGGCAGUUACAAACGUAGUGCUGGAAUGGCUAUUCAGAUUGGCGUUGGUAAUUUGGGCGGCGCCAUGGCCUCCAACUUCUACCGUCAGAAAGACGCCCCCAGAUACAUUCUUGGCCAUGCAUUAGAGCUUGGGUUCAUUUCGGUUGGCAUUAUCGCCGCUGUUAUACUCAUAUUGUCCUAUAUUGGGAUCAAUAAGAAGCGUGACAGUAGGAUGGCCGCUGGGGAAGAUAGUCGAUACACAGCAGAGGAGCUUUCAAGCCAAGGAGAUAAGGCAUUGACAUUCCGCUAUAUGUGGUGA